GGAAACGUCACUUCCUGUGAAACAAUUAGAAUAUGGUCUCUGUUUCCAUAAUAUUUACAUUUCGAAAUUAACCUCUUUAUUUCAUAAUUUGAUAUCUGUUCGGAAAAGCUAUAUAUUUGCAUCAGAUAUAUCAGAUUACACCUUAUCACUAUUUAUUCCAUUCAGGGGUAAAAUAAUACUGUGUUCCUGUGAAGAAAAGAAAACUAACUAAAAAUGGGAGACAAGAAAAUUACCAUGGAAACAAUCCAGACUUAUGUGAGGCUUGACAAUGAGAUACAUAUGAUGGAAAUAAAAAACGUACGGAAGAGCCUGAAGAUGAAAGAAGACCAUCUAAAAGAUGUACAGCAAACUGAAUCCCAGCUUAAAACACACUACAAAGAAUGUCAGGAUAAAACGAAAAAAGAAAAAGCAGAUGUUGAUGAUUUAACUGGUAAAGGCGGGCAAAUACAGGCAUCAUUAGGCAAAGCUAAGUUUGAUCAACAAAUGUCCAAAGAACAGGCUGAGUACUUAGAAGCUUUAAACAAAGAAGAAUUGGCGAAGAAAGAUUUAGAAGGAAUCACAAAACAAAUCUCAGAUAUCCAGGCAGAAAUCAAGAACCUUACACCUGAGGUGGAAAAACUAGAUAAACUUGCUGCUGAACAGGAGGAAUUACUGUCCAGCAUCUUCAAAGGUGAUUAUGGAAGUCAAAAAGAAAAUGAACUGGAAAGUAAAAUGGACAUGUUAAUAGAAAAGAGAAACAGAGUGGGAGUGGCCAAAUAUAAAUGGACCAAUGGUAAAGUCCUUCUACAACAUGCUGUCAAUCAAUUAGCAUAUGCUGUCAAAAAGUGGGAUGAGUUGGGAAAACUAGACAAAUCCGAUACAAAAACAAUGUAUACCAUGGCUACAGAAGCCAGGAACAACUUGUCAGCAGCAAUUCAGAAUUUACAGAACACACAGAAAUACCUGAGUAACAUACAGUUCCCCUAUUGUAAGGAGGACGAGAUCAAGACUCUACAGAAAGCUACAGCUAACGUGUACAUAGAUAUGAUGACAACUGACAGACACAAGCAUGCUCUUAACUGUUUUAGUGUCACUCACAAGAGGAGUUAUGCCUUACUGCAAUGGUUUGAUAGUGUUCUAACGUCUGUAAUUGAGAAGGAUUUUAAAUCAGCCGCAGAUGAAGAGAGAGAAAAUGCUAAACAGUUACGGAUAGAGAGAUUGAGACUGAUGAAGGAAUCAGUGGAGAAAGACGGAGGAACCUGUAAUCUGGAUGCUAGUUUACAAAGACAACAGGAGGAGUGUGUUUUAUCACAGCUUGAAGGUCAGGAAGAAAUAAAUGACAAACAGGUAGAACAGGAACUGGUUGGUUUGACCAAUGCUGACGAUGUACCAGGAUCAGAGGGAUCUUCUAAAGACAUGCCACCACCCACACCAAUGCCACUGAAGGACCUGGCGCCACCACCAUCGGAAGAAAUGUUGUUUGGAAAUAUCAACAAGCUCAAAGAUCAAUAUACAAAAGAAAAGUCAGAGUUUACAAAAGUUCAGGAAAUGAAUAAACAAAGACUUGACCAGGGUUUACAAGAGAAGCUAGCAGCAAGACGUAAUCGUAAAAAGAGGGUCCAGGAAGAAUAGGCCUAGAGAGAACCAAUCAACAAUACGUCCAAAUAAUUGAUUGAAUGUUAAAAUUGUCAAUACAUUCUGUAUACUAUUUGUAUAAUAUGUUGUUGUAGAUAACUGGAACCGUCCAAUAUGUACUAGUGAUAUUUUGGUUUUCAAAAUUGAUAACUUUAAAAUUCUUUAAAAGCAUACUUAUUACAGUAUAAAUUGUUUCAAACCUAAAUAUUUUAAGGUAUACAGGUCUUCAUCAGUUUUAGAAAUGAAAUUGAUUUGCACUAUGAAUUAAGUCCCACACUGAAGGGUUCUGUCUUUUUAUCUCUUUCCAAAAUUUCAAUCAAGCAUGACUCAAAUGAAUAUAGUAGCUGAAAUACUUGCAGAAAUUUAAAAGACAAUCACAAUACAAUUACACUAUGAGUUUGUUUUAUUUGAAUCUCAUCAAUCUGAUUGGAGCAUAGGCAAUCAUGUGACUUUAAAUGUUUAUUCAUCAUUAGUGUACUCUAGCAAUAAACCCAAGCUAGGUUGCAUGUUCCUCUGUAACAAUGUCUUUGAAACUACUUAGUAAGUUCUGACUGCAUGAGAACCUUUAAAACAACAUAUACAAAACAUUAAAUUUAAGAUAUUUAAACUUCAAAAAAUAGUUAUUAAAGUUUAUUAGGUGUAGAUUAGAUUGAAGGGUUAGUUUUAGAAUAAAGUGCUGUAGCUAGUAAUCAAAUUCAGGUUCCAUAACUCAUGAACAAAAUGUGAACUUAAACAUUAAAAUAAAAAAGGCUUUAAAGCAAGACAAUGACACUUAAGAAGAUCAAUUAACAUAUGAUUUUUGUUAUUCUUUUAAAUGAUAUUCACCUUUGGCAUCGCUCAAAAUUAUAAUACCAAAACUAAUUAAAGUCUACAUACAAAAGCAGUUUUUGUAAACUUUAAAAAAAAACAGUAAAUAUUUGUGUAUGUAAAUAGAAUGAACCAAUUUAAAAGUGUUUUUUUCUAUCUUAUGAUUUAUGUUGACUAUUUUAUGGUCAAGGUUAACUAGGACCAAUCAAUAAGCUCCAAUUUAUUAUUUUGCCUUGAUGCAGUUUCAUUUUUGAACUGUUACAUUACAAUCUGUAUGAUAUGAGUGUUAGUUGUUAUGUCUUAGUAUGUAAUAGACCAGAAAUAUAUUUCUUAGUUUUAUGUCACACUUUACACAGACAUAACAAUGCAAUUCAAUGUAUAAAUAUGUUCUAUGUCAGUUAUGAAAACUAAGAAUGUUAUUUAAAUGGCCUUUACUGAGUUAGUGUUGUACAUUCCGUCCUAUAAUCUUGUGCAGCUUUAAUAUAUAUAUUGUGAGUUAUAUAUCUGUUUGUAUGAUUUUGUUAUUAUCUCCCUUUGUAUGAUUUUGUUAUUAUCUCCCUUUGUAUGUUAUUUGGGUUAUCUCCCCUGGUAAGCUCAAUGUAUGGUGAUCUCUCAUCAAAGAAUCUGUGAUAGGCUUCAUAUCAUUACCCUUUCUUACACUAUUAGUCAUAUAAGUAUAUCCCUGUUAGGUAAAUUAGUAUAGACUUAUAUGUGAAAAUCAUAAUUUUGUCCAGACUAAGUUGAUCUUUAGGUGGUACCUAACACUUUAACUAAAAUUAAUUUGGUUCGUUUAAUUUUCUUAAAAUUUUGACAAAGUAUUUACUUUGACCCUUUGACAAAAAUAUAAAAAUUUGAAAAAAUUUGAACGAACCGUUUUAUCAAAAAAAUUACACUGGUUAUAUAGCAGUUUGACAAACACUUAUAUUGAUCAUUGAGAAGCUUAAUAUUUCCCUUAUGAACACUAUGUCAUUAAAACUUUCUGCAGAUUUUACAGAGUUAUCUCCCUGCAGUGUUAGGUACCUGAGAUCUAUACUAUACUGGUCUGUAAUUUUUGUCCGUCCUGCAAUCUGCUCAUGUUACUUAAUGUAAGCCAAAGUUUCUAGAUGUUUUAGAACAGAGAAACAAAGAUGUUUUGUCAGAUAAAUACAAAAUGAAAACAUUUCUACCUUAACUUCAAAAAUUAAUUUAAAAAUCAAAAUACCUCAUUAUUUGAAUUUCAAAUUGGAAGCAAAGAAUAGGUUAUGAGGUCUUUUUUUAUGACCUGUCUUCUGCUGGAAGGAUCCUAUACACUGUUAUAGAAUACCUUACUACAUGUAGUAAAAAUAACAUUGUUAGAAAAUGGAAAUGUUAGAAUGACAUUUUGUAGACGUUUGAAAUUUGUUAACGUAUAAAGCAUGCUGUCCGUUAAAUUUGCCAAAAUUGAAAAGGUAUUUCAAUCAAAUUUUGUUUUCUUUAAGAUAAAUAAUUGAUCGAUUUAGAUGUUCAGAAAAUAUUUAUAGAAAUGAAAUUUUCAUAUUUGAAUUGUUAGAUUUUUAGAAAAUAUUGGACAUCAUCAAGAUUUAAACAGAAUUUUGGGAAACUUGAUCCUCAAAUGUGUGAAUGAUAUUGGUUAAAAAUUUGUAUCAGAACCAGGGGUCGAAUUUAAGCUUUUUUGUGUACUGGUCCGCCGGACCAGUGGACUGAAAUCUCUACUGGUCCGGCUCCAAAUCUACUGGUCCUGCAAAAAUGGCAUUAAUUUGACAAACACUAAUAUAAAUGACAGAUGUUUAAUUUUAUUUUGAUGCUUUCGUUUACAUAAGUUAGACAGUAACAAAGGAAUAGACUUUAUUCUGAUUUUGAUAAAAGCUUUGGUAAUCUCAAUGAUUUUCUUUAUCAAAAUCAGGAUAAAGAACAGAAAAAAUAUCAACAUUGUCUUCCACGUCCGCAAUCUGACAUUUGACGAUCCAGUUACGAAAAUACAUUUCCUAUCUAGGUCUGUCACUGCAAAUUUUUCACAUAUUGUACAGUUCAUUAAAUUCCAAUCUACUAUAUAAUGCAACCAUUCACAAUCUUUUUCCCAUGAUUUUUGGUAUUUGCGUUUCCUUUGGUCACUUUCGUAUACUUUAUUUUGAUCUUCCUUUUGAUUUUCAGUUAUCCUAUUUUUUUUGUCUGGCGGUUUAACUCCUUCCAAAAAUUUCCACAUUUUAUAUUGUUGUGAAGGACGCUCAUCUGAGAUAUUAAUUAACUUGUUCAAUUGUAAUACACCCCAGUACCGUGUAAUUGAGUUCACAGGUAAAUUGUUUUGUAAACAAACGGAGAUUGCAAUGCAAUCAGUGAUUUUUAUCGACAAAUUUCUACUGGUCCGCUGAACCACCAGCUGACAAAAUCUACUGGUCCGACACAAAUUUUACUAGUCUCUGACUACCCGACUAGCGCUAAUUUCGACCCCUGAUCAGAACACCUGAUUGAUUUGGGAGAUCAAAAAGUAUUUUUUAGAUAAAUUGUAAAAUUAGCGCUCAAGUUCUAGAUGUUAAAUAUAUACAGAAAACAAGAAAAUAUGCUUUAAAUCCAAAUACUUUAACUCAAUCACUAAGUAUAAAUAUGGCACAUAUUACUGUAGUUAGAUAUAAAUUAAAGUGUAACUAUUCCAAAAAGCACCCUAAUUAUUGUGAAUAAACACCUUUUUUAUGUCUUUUACUUUAUACACGUUGUGUUUUACAUAAAUUAUUAUGUUGUAAUAUUUUUGUUACAGAUAUUUAGAGAUUUUUUUAUUAUUAAACAUCAUUGAUUCA